AUGGCAAACAACGGGGGACGCCAAGGUGGUGCUGGUGGUAACAACCAAGCCGAACAUGUUGAAUUUACAGUCCGGGCAGAAGAAGAUUUGUACUUGACGGGUUCAGAGAAUACGAUUCGUCGGGUGACUGCCGAAACUAAUUACUCGUGUUUGAUGUUGAAGACACAGCGCUUUUCGUCCUUGUUUCGUCACUACGCCAAAUACCAUGGACUGCGAAAGGAGGACUUGGAGUAUUACUUUGUCAAUCCAUUAGAAAAUGAAGAUACACCGGAAUCAGUUCAAUUGCAGCGGGGUGACACGAUUAUGGUUCGCAAACGACGAAAGCCAGAGCCUCCAGAGCCAGCGGCGGACGACGAUGAAAUUUUUAGAGACUUUCGGGAUCUGUUAGAAGAUGACGAGCACAUGGACGCAAUAUUUUUAGUUCCCAAUGAGAGUACUAGUGAUACUAUGGAGGAGGAGGAAGCCAAGCUUCCAGCCUCCAUGACCGAAAUUCGUGCGCACAAGUGCAUACUCACAGCUCGUACCGACUACUUCAAGGCCCUCUUUCGCAAGGCAGAAGAUGGAGAAAUGGCGUUUCGAGAGUCCCAGGAGUGCACCAUUAAUGUGGAGCCCUCGUUUACUGCUGGACACAUUCGGUAUAUGCUGGAAUUCAUCUACACGAAUCGCAUUCAAUCAAUUCGAUCCAUUUCGACAGAUGAUCUCCUUUGUAUAUUGCACUUGUCGGACAAGUGGCUCUUGCGUGACUUGAAGCGUCUCGUCGAACACGAGCUAAUUCGUCACCACAUGAAUGUCCAUACUGUGGCUCGCAUGUACGGAGCCACGGAAGACUUCAAGGCCCAACGAUUGUCUCGGGCUUGCAUCAACUUUAUCAUGACCAACCUUCGCCAAGUGACUGGGAACACUUCCUUUGAAGAGGAAAUGAAGAAUUAUCCACACUUGUGUAUUCCAGUGCUCAAGGCUGCUGCGGAUUUGAUUCCAGAAGGGCCAGUCCACAAGAAACAACGGACGGAUCACGGGACGCUGUCCAGUGGAGUUUCCAGCACUCCUACUAAUGCAGCCGCCGCCAUGGGAUCUUCUCCGGUGCCAGACUCGGACCCUUAG